UUCACUUUUCCCUCCCGUCUCGAAGUGAACUGUCCGGAAGUGACCGAACAAACGACGAGCAAAUCGGUUUCAUUUCCUCUUAUGACGCUACCAUAGCCCCACUAUAGGUGGCUUUUGUGUUUUAUUGGCGCCUAGGCUCGCCCACCGUUGGCUGCCUCUCGGUGUCUGCGAGCGUACACGUUUCCUUAGGGGAGGUUGUUGGAAGCCGUUAUAGCCGUUGGUUUGGUGCGUUCGGACUUACACAGAUUUUGAAGAUGUCGUAUAUGCUUCCACAUUUACAUAAUGGCUGGCAAGUAGAUCAGGCCAUUCUUUCAGAAGAAGACCGUGUCGUGGUCAUUCGCUUUGGGCAUGACUGGGAUCCAACAUGUAUGAAAAUGGAUGAAGUUUUAUAUAGUAUAGCUGAAAAGGUGAAAAAUUUUGCAGUUAUUUAUCUUGUGGAUAUCACAGAAGUACCAGACUUCAACAAGAUGUAUGAACUGUACGAUCCCUGCACUGUCAUGUUUUUCUUCAGAAACAAACACAUAAUGAUUGAUUUAGGCACUGGUAACAACAACAAAAUUAACUGGGCAAUGGAAGACAAGCAAGAGAUGAUUGACAUCAUAGAAACAGUUUAUAGAGGAGCACGUAAAGGUAGAGGUCUUGUUGUGUCACCAAAGGACUACUCAACCAAAUAUAGAUAUUAAUAAUUUGGCUAUUUAUCUCAAGUGUAUCUUCUUCUGAAGCUUUAUAAUCUCAAACUUUGUAUAGAAUAUUCCUGCUUGUUCAUAUCUCCAUUGUGAAUAUAUUUUGAAUUUAUGUAAAUAUGUCACUUAAUUUUCAUGGAAAAGUUUGAUUUGAUGUUAGAAAUAAAGU